AUGGAUCGUGGCCUUUCAACAGGCACUCAUCGUGAAAACGAUGGUCUCCGUGAGAGAAUUCCUACCUCUGUCAGUCCAGAGGCUCUUGCAGCCACGGGCGAGGUAGAGGUCACGGAUAAGGAGGGAAAUGAGUUGAAAACAUUUGGUCGGACGCCAGAUGGUACAGUGUUCACGGUGCCCCAAACGCAUGACAUGGUCUCUCAACUCCUGUCACCGUCGGAACCAAAGAACCUGUCUGACGUUCUGGUAAUUGCCAUACUGGGUUUCCAUAUCCUUCUCGUGUGGCAACUUCCAGCAGGUGUCAAAAUCCCGGUCUUUGCUGUCAUCUAUCUCUUUUGGCGUGCUUGUUACAAUGCAGGAAUUGGUUGGCUUCUUCAUAAUCAGUCUCAUCACAAGACACUGAUCCGGUGGGCGGAGAAGACCAAGGUCUUUGUGAACCCGGCCACGGGAGAGAACCCAUAUCCUCAGUUGUACAACUUGUUCAAAAGAGAAUUGGAAACAAAGAUUCCGGCUGACUAUUCCUUUGACGAGGCUCCAAUUGAAUACAACACUUGGCUCGUCUUUAGGCGCGUCGUGGAUCUGAUCUUGAUGUGUGACUUUACCUCUUACUGUCUCUUUGCGAUAGCAUGUAGUCACCACCCUAUCGACGAAAGCGCCAUCAUGACCACUCUGAGGUGGUCCGCGGGCAUCGUUCUCGUGCUUUUCAACCUUUGGGUCAAAUUGGACGCUCAUCGAGUGGUCAAGGACUAUGCCUGGUACUGGGGUGAUUUCUUCUACCUCAUUGACCAAGAAUUGACCUUCGAUGGCGUCUUCGAAAUGGCUCCUCACCCCAUGUACUCCGUCGGCUACGCCGGUUAUUACGGUAUCUCGUUGAUGGCAGCAAGCUAUAAAGUGUUGUUCAUCUCUAUCAUCGCCCAUGCAGCUCAAUUCGCCUUCCUUGUCUUGGUCGAAAACCCUCACAUCGACAAGACGUACAAUCCUCCUCCCCCACGCAAGCGUACUAUGGAACAGGAAACCGCAUCGACAGUGUCUCAAGAAUCGGAUUUACCCAGUGCGCCACCAUCCUCCGAUGAACCCGUGCCCCAUGCAUCCACAUAUUCCAGUAGUAGUCCGCCGCCUUCGGUCCACAACCUGCUCGGGCUCCACAAUCUGGAUUUGUACCGGACUACGGAUGCUUCCGUCAUGCUUGUUCAAUUUCUUGUAUUUUCAAUCACCGUCUUGACACCCUCCACCCCGUGGUAUCAGUUCCUUUUUGUGGUCAACGCUGCGAUCUGGAGAAUCUGGUUUUCGGUUGGUGUUGGGUGCCUUCUCAACGGUCAAUCAAACCGUAAGACCUGGACUCGUCACUUUGUCAAGUAUGGCGAGACUCCUCAAGAGGCAUGGAAUCAAUGGAAAGGCACAUAUUAUCUGAGCAUGAUCAUGUGCUACGCCAGCUUCAUUGCCGCCGUCUGGAAGAUGUAUACCUUCCCCGCAGACUGGGGCUACGGCCUCGUUCUGUUCCGACACAUUCUGGGUGCAGGACUCAUUAGCUUGCAACUCUGGACUUCCGUCAGCAUCUAUGAAUCCCUGGGCGAAUUCGGCUGGUUCUAUGGAGAUUUCUUCUUCGACGAAUCUCCUAAGCUGACCUACAACGGCAUCUAUCGCUUCCUCAACAAUCCCGAACGCGUCCUUGGUUUAGCCGGUGUGUGGGGCGCCGUUUUGAUCACCAGUAGCGGCGCGGUGACUUUCCUUGCCCUAUUGAGCCAUAUCUUGAGCUUGGCUUUUAUUCAGUUCGUGGAGCGCCCCCACAUGCAGAAGUUGUAUGGCCGAAGCCUGCGACAGGAUGCUGGUCUUGUAAAGAGCUUGAAGAAAUCCCUGCCGCGCACCCUUCGGCAGCUGCAUGGAAGCGUGGACAAGAUCUUUGACGAAUCAGUCGAGUUUAUCGAGGAUAUUGUCGACAACGCGCGCCCCAAACUUGCCGCCGGUGUCAAUACCUUUGUCAGGGACACCACUGCCCUUUUCCAGAAAUACCCCGCUCGUGUUACCAUUGCUCGCAUCGAUGAAGACUUGGCUGGAUUUAACUCCCGUGACUACUCCUUGGACAUCGAAGGCACCGAAUCAUCGGAUUUGGAUGACCACGACCAAGGCAGUGGCAGAGAAGGCGCUAAUGCCCGCAUGCCGCUUGACAGAAGAGGUGACUUGAAGAACCUCGUGUUUGAAUACGGAGCCCCGAUCAGAGUCAAGUGGAACGCACCGCUCAACCACACCAAGAAGGACUGGAUUGGCAUCUACCGAGUCACCGAUAACACUUCUCGAGAGGUCACGAGGGUCUCAUCUCAAGGCCGCUGGGUUGCAGUCAACGAAGGCUCCUACGACAACCUGACCUGUGAAAAGGGAAUCGUCACCAGCGAUGUCGUCGUACACACCCCACUAGGCCCAUAUGGCGACAAGCAUAAAACCGCAGCCGGUGAAAUCGUCUUCUCUGGUGACAAGCUCUUCUGGACACAGGGUGUCUUUGAGUUCCGCUACCACCACAACGGCAAGCACAAUGUCAUGGCGAUCUCCAGACCGUUUGAAAUCCGCAUCCGUCGUGCCGAUGAGGAGGGUAUGCUCUCGGACAACCACAACCUGGACCAGACCUCCGUGGAGAAGGGCCUGUUGACCGUCAUCCGCAACUGCUUCGACCGUGACCCUGAAAUCGCGCCCGAGAACGUGGAGGAAUCGUUCGGAAGCCUCGUCGAGCGAGAUGGUAAAUUCGCCAAGCGGGUCGUCUUUGCUGUUCAUCAGAUGUUUGGUAUCGAACUUGCUCCCGAGGUCGUUCGUGCCGAUGGAAACGUCCGCAAUCUCGCUUGGAGGAUAUGUAAUGCAAAGAGAGUCCUGGCCCCUUAUAAAAGAAAGGAAUAA